GAGAAGUUCACUUGUCAGGUUAUAUCAGAUAAUAUCAAAUUACAUUUUUUGGUUUGAUUUUGUGUGAGUCGAAAAGGAUUUUAAUGUUUUUUUAUUAUUUGUAUCUAACUUCACGACAGAAUAUUGUGUCCCUGCAAACUCAUAAAACUUUCUAUUAUAAGACAUGUUGGCCGGCCAACGGCAUGAUUUUAGUAAAUGAUUUUACAUCCGAAAUGACUCAAACCAAACCAAAAACAUGUUAUGUUUAGUUUCCCAUUUACAAAGAAAACUAUUCCUCAUUUCUUAAUCUUUAGAAUUUCAAUGUAAAAAAACUAAAAGUCUAGAUGGAAAAAGUAGAUAGGUACUUACGAUUGUUAAUCGAAGAACUCUCUAAUCUGAAGUUACAACUAAAGUAUUAUUAUAAAAUAAUUGUGGUGUUAAUUCCAACUUUGGUACUUAUCCUGAUCGGUCGUAGUGCUAAAUUCUGAUUGUAGUGUUGAUCCUUGUAUAUAUAUAUUGCUUUGCUUCACUAUUCCACUUUCGUCCCUGUCAAAAGUGAAAAACAGUUUAAUGGUGUUCUCUUUUCACCUGAAAUUCAGAAAUCGCCACACGAUGCCGUUUUUCGGGUCCUUAGAUUUCAUAAAAAAGAAAGUCAUGGCCAUACAAACAGAGCAACCUCUUCCAACUCACACUAACACACCCUUCCUCACUUCUAACUCAAACCAAAACCAACACCACCAACCGCAUGAAAACAACAACAAUGAAGAAAGUGAAACAGCCCUUGAUGAUGUCCUUGCACGUUUAGAAGCGCUUCUCACGCUACUUUGCUUCAAGCAGAGUUCAUUGUGGAGCUUCACGGCGUCUUGGACAGCUUUCGCGGCGGUGGGUGUGGCGGCGCCGAUGGUGGCUCUUCAGGUGUACGACACUGACAAGAAUCAGAUAAAGGGUUUCGAAAUUGGCAUUGUUGCGUUUCAGACUUGUCUCGCAGCGGUUUCCUUGAUAUGCCUCUCUCACAAUCUUCGCAAGUAUGGACUCACCAGGUUCCUCUUCGUUGACCGCCACGCUGCUCAAAUGCCAUGCUUUCACCAUGAUUACGUUAAACAAAUUUCGGGGUCUUUUCGCUUGAUCAUUCUGUGGGUGUUGUCAUGUUUCCUUUUGAAGACAGCCCGAGAAAUCACUCGCCUUUCCUUGGUAGAAGAAGGAUCUUUGUGGCUCUCUGUUGCUGUUUUGAUGGCUUUGAUUGUAUCUUGGACUUAUGUCAGCGCAAUCUCUUUAUCGGCCUGUGUUCUAUUUCACUUGGUAUGCAGUUUGCAACUCAUUCACUUUGAUGAUUACGGGAAACUCUUGCAAAGGGAAAAUGAUGAGUUGAUUUUCAUGGAAGAGCACAUUCGGUUGCGAUACCAUCUGUCCAAGAUAAGCCACAGGUUCAGAAUUUACCUGCUUCUUCAGUUCUUGGUCGUCACAGCUAGCCAGUUUGUGACUCUAUUACAGGUCACUGGGUAUGGUGGAGUUCUGACUUUCAUAAAUGGUGGAGAUUUUGCUGUUUCCACACUUGUUCAGGUGGCUGGAAUAAUUAUUUGUCUGCAUGCAGCAACAAAGAUUUCACACAGAGCUCAAGGCAUUGUCUCACUUGCAAGCAGGUGGCAUGCGCUGGUAACAUGCACUUCUGAAGCAUCUAAACUGAGAUAUUGUUCUAGUACAGGAAGCUUGGAGGCUUCAAACCAUUUGAACUCAAUAUCUUUGAAUUACUCGGAAAGUGAUCUAGAGUCAUUGGAUCACCUCGGGACGCCUUCAAACGCGCUCUUGGCUUCGUGUAUGACCUCACAUCACAAGAGGCAAGCCUAUGUGAUGUAUCUGCAGACGAAUGCAGGGGGAAUUACUAUAUUUGGUUGGACAGUUGACCGGUCUCUUGUGAACACGAUAUUUUUCUUUGAAUUGACUCUGGUAACCUUCGUUCUUAGCAAGACAAUACUCUAACCAAAUGAUAAAAUUCACUCUACGGCCUUGGAAUUGGCCUUGGGUCUUCUAGGUUACCAUGAUAAACUGAUUGAAAGGCCCCACGAAUUCUACAACUUUUCCAUGCGACCAAAUUGGGUACAAGACAAUGAAUGACGACAUGGCAGUUUCUUAAUACAUAAGACCUGAACAACAUACGAAGGAUGCAUCAUACAAGAGAAUUGCCUCAACAAUAUUCAUACUAUAACAUCAUUCCAGGGUGGCUUAUAGUGAAACCUCCCUUAAUCAUUUAUGUUACUUAAUUAUUGCUGCUUACAAUAUUUGAUAUUUGAUAUUGUUCAACUCUGAAUUUCUUUCGUGAUGAACUAUAUUUAACAAUCUUUUAAAUCUGAAUCCCAAUUUAUCAGGAUACGCUCCUCCAUAGAGGAUGGAAACCAAGAUUCAUUGUCCACAAACCAACCUAGCUACCCAUUUGGAAGGUGUACACUAAACUAAGUGGGUAAAUAACCAAUGCUAAGAUGUUCACACAGCAGUACACUAUUAUUAUUAAAUAAUGGCAGCAUACCAUCGUGUCAUUGCUGGCCAUUUAAAUAUUUGAAAAUAACGAAUUCACUAGCCAUCAUCCUCCCAAGAAGUCAUCGCAUAUAACAAUCACAUCACUAGAACCUCUCAGGUAAAACUAUUUGUAAGCUCACUUUGUGUAAAACUGUCAAACAAAACUAAUGAAAAAAAUUAAUGACUUUAAUGAUUUUUUUCACCACCUGUGCAGUGCGAAAAUGGAGGAAGAACAGCCCACUUUGUAUAUCCUGGCGAGUCCAUAUUUCAGUUGUACCAAAUUCCAUGAUGAUCCCACUUUUAGGUUGACAAUAACCACCAUAUUAUAUAAAGACAUGAAAUAAAAAAAUAAAGGAAAAAAAAAAAAAAAAAA